AUGUACGACACCGACGACGACGAUGACCAGGAGGAGGAACAGCAACCGGAUAGUCUGGAAGUCGAUUACGCGGUUGACGAACCCGCCAAAGACCGGAUUCGUGUUCGCAUCCGAGUGGACGAUCUGCGCAGUCGAAAACGUGUCUCGUUCGCUCGAAUCGCGCCGCAAAUAGUCCGGGAAGCGAGCAAUGCUAUCAUC